CGGCUGUCAACCGCCACCGUCGUCGUCGUCGCGUUGUUUGCCGUCCGUGUGUUUCGUCGGAAGAAAAUUUUCGCAUUCGAUUUGACCUCUCUCUAAAAAAACCGCAAUUUCCUACGCGAAAAAGUGCUCGCGAGUGGCCGAAACCAGUGCUAAACUGUUCAGCAGCAAGCCGGACAAUGGCGGCACCAAUCGAAAUCCCGCUCCGGGACACGGACGAGGUCAUCGAGCUCGACCCGGAACAGUUGCCGGAAGGGGAAGAAGUGCUGGGGAUUUUGCGGCAGGAACGUUCCCAGCUCAAUACUUGGGUGACAGUUGCGCUUGCUUAUUACAAGCAAAACAAGACAGAUGACUUCAUCAAGAUACUGGAAGCGUCCCGUAUCGAUGCGAACAUCUCGUAUCGGGACUUCGAGAAGGACCAAAUGCGAGCGUACGACAUGUUGGCCGCUUACUACGUCCAGGAGGCCAACCGGGAAAAGUCCAAGGACAAGAAAAGAGAGCUGUUCAUGAAGGCAACGCAUUUGUACACGACGGCCGACAAGAUUAUCAUGUACGAUCAGAACCACUUGCUGGGCCGUGCGUACUUCUGUCUCCUCGAAGGCGACAAAAUGGAACAGGCCGAUGCGCAGUUCAAUUUCGUGCUGAACCAAUCGCCGUCGAACAUUCCUUCCCUCUUGGGUAAGGCUUGCAUCGCUUUCAACAAGAAGGAUUACAGAGGCGCUUUGGCAUUCUACAAGAAAGCUCUCCGAACGAAUCCCAACUGUCCGGCAGCGGUUCGUCUAGGAAUGGGCCACUGCUUCCUGAAGCUGAACAACCCGGAGAAGGCAAAGCUCGCCUUCCAGCGUGCGCUGGAUCUAGAUCCACAAUGCGUCGGAGCCUUAGUUGGUCUGGCCAUUCUGAAGCUCAACCUGCACGAACCGGAAUCCAAUCGUCUGGGUGUGCAAAUGCUUUCCAAAGCCUACACAAUCGAUUCGACCAAUCCGAUGGUGUUGAACCACUUGGCCAAUCAUUUCUUCUUCAAGAAGGACUACCAAAAGGUUCAGCAUCUGGCCCUCCAUGCGUUCCACAACACCGAAAACGAAGCGAUGCGGGCGGAAAGUUGUUACCAGUUGGCACGUGCUUUCCAUGUGCAGCGGGAUUACGAUCAAGCCUUCCAGUACUACUACCAAUCGACGCAGUUUGCGCCGGCGAACUUUGUGCUUCCGCAUUUCGGCCUCGGACAGAUGUACAUCUACAGAGGAGACUCGGAGAAUGCUGCCCAAUGUUUUGAAAAAGUGCUGAAAGCCCAACCCGGAAACUACGAAACAAUGAAGAUUCUCGGCUCUUUGUAUGCCAGUUCUUCGUCACAAUCGAAGCGCGACAUUGCCAAGAACCACUUGAAGAAGGUCACCGAGCAGUUCCCGGACGAUGUCGAAGCAUGGAUUGAGUUGGCUCAGAUCUUGGAACAGAACGAUCUGCAAGGUUCGCUGCAAGCCUACGCAACAGCUACCAAUAUUCUUACGGACAAGGUCAAGGCCGACAUUCCGCCGGAAAUUCUGAACAACGUUGCCGCGCUUCACUAUCGUUUGGGUAAUCUGAAUGAGGCGAUGACUAAGUUGGAGAUGGCCAUUGAGCGUGCCAAAAUCGAAGCGCAACAUGAUUCACAGUACUACGACUCGAUUUCCGUGACAAUGACAUACAACCUGGCCAGAUUGAACGAAGCGAUGGCUUCGUUUGACAAGGCGGACAAGCUCUAUAAGGACAUCCUCAAAGAACAUCCCAACUACAUCGAUUGCUAUCUUCGCUUGGGUUGCAUGGCCCGAGACAAAGGAUUGAUCUUCGUGGCUUCCGAUUUCUUCAAGGAUGCCUUGAAAAUCAACAUGGAAAAUCCGGACACGCGUUCGCUGUUGGGUAAUCUCCAUUUGGCCAAGAUGCAGUGGACUCUCGGGCAGAAGAACUUCGAGACGAUUCUAAAGAAUCCGGCCACUUCAAGUGACGCCUACUCGCUGAUUGCGCUGGGCAACUUUUGGCUGCAGAGUUUACACCAGCCGAGCAAGGAUAAGGAAAAGGAGAAGAAGCACCAGGAAAAGGCCCUGGCCAUUUACAAGCAGGUCCUGCGAAACGAUCCGAAAAACAUUUGGGCCGCCAACGGUAUUGGUGCCGUGUUGGCGCACAAGGGCUGUAUCAUCGAGGCGCGUGACAUUUUUGCUCAGGUUCGUGAAGCUACGGCCGAUUUCUGCGACGUAUGGCUGAACAUUGCACACAUCUACGUGGAGCAGAAGCAGUACAUCAGCGCCAUUCAGAUGUACGAGAACUGCUUGAAGAAAUUCUACAAGCACAACAACGUAGACGUUAUGCAAUACCUGGCCAGGGCAUAUUUCCGUGCCGGCAAACUGAAGGAGGCCAAAAUGACACUGCUGAAGGCACGUCGUGUCGCCCCGCAGGAUACGGUUCUGCUUUUCAACAUUGCCCUGGUGCUGCAGCGUUUGGCCAUGAUGGUUCUGAAGGAUGAGAAAUCCGUUCUUAGUGUUGUCUUGCAGGCGGUUCACGAGCUGGGUCUCGCUCACAAAUAUUUCAAUUAUCUGUCGAUCCAUGGAGAUAAGACGCGUUACAAUAUCACGUUGGCCGCUUCGGAAGCCAGCCAAUGUCAGGAUCUGCUCCAGCAGGCACAGUAUCACGUGUCACGCGCCCGAAAGAUCGACGAAGAAGAGCGAUCGUUGCGCCAGAAGCAGGAACAGGAGCGCGAAGAAUUCAAGCGUCGCCAGCGGGAAGAACGUGUACGCAUGGAAGAGAUGCGUCGCAAGGCUCACGAAGAUAUGAUGGCCAGGCGUCAAGAAUACAAGGAAAAGACCAAGAAUGCUCUGUUCUUCGUCGAAAGUGGACCGGAUCCCACGAAGAAGAAAGCCGGCCGUGGGAGGAAGGACUACAUUUCCGAUUCGGAUGCUUCCGGACCACCUGGCAGUGGUGGAGAGGAUCGGCCUCCGAAGGAACGGAAACGCAAAGAACCGGGCGAGAAGAAGAAGCGAAAACCAGGCGCUGGGCGUAAGAAGAAGGAGAAAGCUCCCAAGGGAUCCGGAUCGGAUAGCGAAGAUGAAGCACCGAAGAAGCGUGGCCGCAAGAAGGGUUCCCUGGGUGCCAAAAAGCAAAAGCAAAUGGAAGACGGAUUAUCAUCCAAACAGAAAUCCAGAAUUGUUUCCAAAGCCACCGUUUCGACCAGCGAAUCCGAUAGUGACAGAAGUCGUCUUAAAAUUGCCAGUGGUGACGAUUCAGGUUCCGGUAACAGCGGACCAGCGACUAAGCGCAAGCGGAGAAUCGCAUCCGGUUCGGAAAGUGGUUCCGACAGAUCGCGAUCGCGGUCUCGUUCGAAAUCCGGAAGCCGCAGUCGCAGUGCUUCCCGUUCGGUAUCUCGCUCAAAGAGCCGUUCUCGGUCCAAGUCUGGAAGCCGUUCCCGUUCGGGUUCCAGAUCCCGUUCGGGCAGUCGUUCCCCAUCCCGUUCCGGGUCAGGUAGCCCCCAGGCUUCACCCAUAUCGAGAAAGUCCGUUUCUGGGUCAGGAUCGGAUUAGGUUCAUUCUUGUUGUGAACAUACGUUUUCAUAUGGUAGCGUAAUAUUUUAAUGGACUAUGUCUUAGAAUAGAAGGAAAAUAUCUAGCUGUAAGACUAAACUCUGUCUUCAUUCAACUAACCGAAAUUAUUAUACAUAUUGGAAUACCACAUAGCGAUUUAAAAGAUCCAGGUGAAAAAUUGACUACCGGGAGGUUUACCUCGCCGGUGGGAAUGGAAUGUUCAAGUUUAUCACAAGUGAAACUAAUACUAUAGUGCCGAUUGUAUAAGAGUCAUGAUAUCUGCUGAAUAAAAUUUGACCUAAA